AUGUCCAUCCCCCUCCUCCCCACUCAGAAAGCGUGGCGCGUCGUUGGGAAGGGUAGCCCCUCCGAAGUCGUCCGUCUAGACAACGUUGCACCUAUCCCGACUCAGCUUUCAAAGGGUGACGUCCUUGUGAAAGUGCAGGCCGCUGCCUUGAACCCAGCAGGAUAUAAGCUGAUGGAUAUGCUCCCCGGAUUCAUUCUCAAGCGGCCAUAUGUUCCGGAGUAUGACCUCGCAGGCGUGAUUGUAGAUACCAACGGCUCCGAAUUCAAUAACGGAGAUGAAGUAUUCGGAUUCUUGACUGUAUCACUGAGUCUCAAGACGCGUCAGGGCACUCUAGCACAGUAUACCUACCUCCCAGCCUCACAUCUUGUGCGCCGUCCAGCCAAUGUUCCUCCUACUCGUGCUGCAGGUGUUCCGCUCACCGCUAUGACGGCUUAUCAAGCUCUAUUUGAAGUCGGACAUCUCGAGCCCGAGCAACGGGUAUUCAUUAACGGCGGCAGCACCGCUGUCGGUUCUUUCGCCAUACAGCUUGCAAAGGCCAUUGGUUGCAAGGUCACUGCCAGUGCAUCCGGCAAAAACGAAGAGUACGUACGCUCGCUUGGCGCUGACGAGUUCGUGGAUUACACGAAAGCUCCUCUGCAUUCCAUACUAGCGGCUGAAGUUCCUAGCCCCAAGUACCAAGUCUUCCUUGAAGCGGUCGGUCUGUUGGACACUUCCUUGUAUACAAACAGCGAGGCCUACCUUGCACCAAACGGAACGUUCGUAUCCGUCGGCCCUCAGCCGAAGGGAUUCGACGUCAUCGGCAUCGGGCGACUUCUGUGGAAGGUAUAUCUACAGCCAAGGUGGCUUGGUGGAACCAGACGUACUUGGAAGAUGGUACAAGUCGCGAAUAAGCGCGAGGAUAUGGAAAAGAUUGCUCAAUUUUUAAUAGAAGGCAAAUUGAAGCCAGUUGUUGAUUCAGUCUAUUCGUUCGAGGACGUUCCGAAGGCCUACGAGCGUUGCAUGACGGGUCAAGCUACGGGCAAGAUUAUCAUCAAGGUGGAUCCCAACGCUGAGUAG